CAGAGAUCAAGUCGAGGAAAACUCUUCACAGCAAUUAAAUUUUCCUUCAAAGCUUAUCCAUCUCGAAGAAAAGUGAUAAAUUUUCUCAUCAUACGCUCGUAACUUUUUUAUUUCGAAGUGCUUCCAAGUUAAUUAUAGAACGUGGGUUAAGUCAUACGGGUGACAGAAAAAAAUUUAGAAAAUAGAAAAGAAAAGAUUCUUCAAGGUUGUGUAGAAAGUUUGCAAACAUGCGAUUUUUGUUGAUCUUUUCAUUAAUCUUUCAAAUACAACUAAUCCUUGGAGAUUUAGGAAAUCAACCAGAAAAUAAACAAACAUGCCCAUCAUGGUUUGAAAAACGGAAUUUAAAGCAUCAAUGGGAUGUUAGCAAGUUUUCGGGUUUAUGGAAUGGAGUCGAAAUGUUCUCUCACAAUCAACACAAUUCACUUAACGACACUUGCAUGAGGUUGAAUGUCAUGGAGAUUAGUAAUGAUGGUUUUUCUGAAUCAAUGACACGCUUUCGGCUUCAGUUUUCAUAUGAAACUUACACAGCUAUUUAUUAUGCGUCGAUUGAUCCAAUGAACCCAACAUAUUGGAAAGGAGAUGAGAUUGCCGCUAAAGUUGUGCAUUCAAAGGACGACACACUUGCUUUGAUUAUUUGUGAGAUUCAAACUUCUUACUUGUACACGAUUUUUUUGCAAAAGAAUUAUGAAGACGAAAUUUUCUCAACUACCAAAAAUGCCGCACUCAUUGAUAGAAUCCUCGAAUUUCGUCAACUUAGAGUUUAUUCAACUGCGAAUUUACAUACAAAUUGUUCUAUGGAAGAUGAAAGUGAAAGAAUUGUAAAUUAUGUCGAAGCUUCAGCAGCAACAAACGCAAUUUCACUGAUUUUUUUGUUAACAUUUGAAAUUUGUUUCUUUAAAUUUUUCUUAUUCUGAGAUUGACAAGAAUUUUGUAGAAUUUUAUUUAGAUUGAUAGUGGAAUGGAAUUUCUUAAUAAAAUUUACAAAAAAUGUCUGCAUAAAACGUUCACCUUUUGGUUUUCUCAAAUAUUUUGUAAGAAUUAACUUGCGAAACAUGAAAUAUAUGAAGAAAUAAAAAAGUUUUUAUAAAUAGCGUGAUGUUUACCCGCACUAAUAA